CACACAUCUCAAACCUGACACCCAUUCUAACACCCAAUAUCAACCAUAGCCAUGGCUAUGGCAGUGGACAACAGCUAUGAGCUUGAUUUAUUUGGCAAUAGCGCCACCACCACUUUCGACGAGGACCAUAACUGGAAGGAAUGGUCCCCAGUUGUCGACUGGGAAGCAUUAUCAUGCGACCAAAUCGAUUAUCAGGACCUCACUGAGUCCAUGAGGGAUGAUCAAGGGUUGGACUUAGCUGGAAUAGCUAAUGAGAAGUCCAACUCUGGAUCGGUAUCAACGGACAGUACUGAUGAUACCAUGCUUGCGGAUGACGAAGCCAAGGUGGACAAUUUCAAGGGGUUGAGGCUGGUUCACUUGCUGAUGGCAGCCGCCGAGGCGCUAACAGGCGCCAACAAGAGCAGUGGAUUAGCUCGGGUGAUAUUGGUUCGGCUCAAGGAGUUGGUGUCCCCUAAUGGUGGAACCAACAUGGAGAGGUUGGCGGCGUAUUUCACGGAUGCGUUACAAGGUUUGCUAGAAGGCUCUGGCGGCGGUCACGGUAAUAGGCAUUUGAUCACUAACGGACACCGCCGUGACAAUCAUCUCCAGGCGGACCUGCUGGUGGCGUUGCAGCUGUUGCAGGACAUGUCUCCUUAUGUUAAUUACGGACACUUCACCGCCAAUCAAGCCAUUCUAGAAGCCGUUACCCACGACAGGAGGAUCCACAUAGUAGAUUACGACAUUAUGGAGGGGAUCCAAUGGGCAUCCUUGAUGCAGGCGUUGGUAUCAAGGAAGGAAGGUCUACCAGCCCCACAUCUCAGGAUCACGGCGUUAACAAGGGGCGGCAGUGGACGGCGGUCGAUCUGGAAUGUCCAAGAGACAGGACGCCGUUUGAUGGCAUACGCGGCAUCCAUAUGUCAACCCUUGUCCUUCAAUCAGUGCCGGUUGGACUCCGACGAGACUUUUAGACCGUCGGCUUUGAAGUUGGUAAAAGGAGAAGCCCUGGUGAUUAACUGCAUGCUACAUCUACCUCACUUUAGUUACCGGGCACCGAACUCGGUAGCUUCGUUUUUAUCCGGAGCCAAGACCCUGAACCCGAGGCUGGUGACGCUGGUAGAAGAAGAGGUAGGGCCAAUAAUUAAUGGAGGGUUCGUGGGACGGUUCAUGGACUCAUUGCACCACUACUCAGCGGUGUAUGACUCGCUGGAGGCAGGGUUUCCGAGGCAGGGGAGGGCUCGGGCUUUGGUUGAGAGAGUGUUUUUGGGGCCUCAGAUAGCCGGGUCAUUGGGUCGGAUCUACCGGAGCGUGGGAGAAGAGGAGGGGUGCCCGUGGUGGGGGUGGAUAGGUGGGUUGGGGUUAAAACCGGUGAACAUAAGCUUCGCAAAUCAUUGUCAAGCAAAGCUAUUGGUGGGUUUAUUCAAUGAUGGGUAUAGAGUGGAAGAGUUGGGCAGCAACAGAAUGGUAUUGGGAUGGAAAUCCAGGCGUAUGCUCUCCGCUUCUAUUUGGACUGGUUACGAUUCUGAAUUUUGAGAUAAGAUUGUGCGUGUAAUGUGUGUGUGUGUGUUUUUUAAAAAUUUAUUUGUUUGUGUCCUUAAUUAUCUGGUAUGUUUCCUCUAUGCUUUCGCAUUAAAUUAAAUGUCUCCCUCGUUUAGCAACUCAAUGUUGUCUCAGGACUUUGUUAAUUGUUGAUUUGGUAGUAUUCUGCUGUUUGGUUGUAAUAAAACUGCGGUUAAUUG